AUGUAUAGACAGCCCAUUAACCGUCACCAGCAUAAUGAGCCAAUAGUACACCAUCUUAUCGCCUCAGAAUUCGAUAUAAAUUUAGGUCCUAUAAUACGAAAGCAAUACCCAUCGCCAAUAAACGGAAAUUUACCCUUUUUUGCCGAAUUAUUAUUACCGGAUCAAAUACAUAAUCGUCUGGAAGAUUGGACGGUGGUAAUUCUUCAUAAAAAUAAGGAUGGCGAAUAUCAAUACGGAAGCGAUGAUUCUUGUACCAACCACUCGCCGUUGUAUUUACUCAAUGUGGUCAACGUGCGUUUUGAUGAGACAGUACAUCGUAAUACUAUUAUAAAGGCCUUAGCGCUAGCCACCCCAUCUGAGUCUUUUCAUAUAUUCAAACCAUUACUUCUAUUUGCUCUUGAUCAACUUUUCAAAAUCGCUGCCUCUGCGGUUGAUCAUCAGGCCCAAGUGUCAAGAGUUCUUCAAAGCUUGUAUGACUCGCUAAAUGGACUUCAAAUACCAAACCAUGUUCCAAGAUUACCAUUAACCACGAAGCUUCUCCUUUCUCUGAUUCUUGAUUUUCCAAUGAGGGAUUACUGCUCAAACAGGCAAUUUCUUUCACGUCUUUACGAUCAUACUUAUAACCAGGUAGACCAAAAACUACGAGAAGACUUUCUUAUGAACAGGAAGCCAUGGUUUCUUGAAUCGUCGGUUGUCAAGCCUCCUGGCGUUUUGGAAAUACAAGCGGAGUUUAAUGGUUUCAAAAUCCCCCUUCGAAUGCCAGUUCUAGAUAUUCCUGAUGUAAUAGGUGACUUUUCAGUCAAUGAUUUCUUAAAUAGAUUUCUCAGUGCCAAAGUGAUUCUUCCAGAUCAGUUCAAUAGCAAUCAUGGGAAACUUUUGAUUUAUGGGCCCUCAACUCCUCCAAUCAUCAUUCUUAUUAAUGCUUUUCUCAGCCAUUCCAGAAUAUUCUAUUUGGGCCACCGUCUUCCCGCCCAUGAAAUCUGCGAAUCAAUCUUUGCCACUGUAGCCCUUGUUCUGGGUGGCGGAGGUAUAUUGCUGGGGUUGACGAAGCAAACUUAUCCUUAUGUUGAUUUGAGUAAAUUUGAUUUAUUGGAACUGCAAGAAUGGUUCUUUGCAGGAACCGCGAACCCAACAUUCAAACAGCAUCAUAGACUAUGGGACUUGCUAUAUGACAUGGAAGCUAACGAGAUUAUUAUAUCCAACGAAGCUCCCGAAUCAUCAUCACAAUCCUUUGGCAACGAUACUACGAUGAUGAAUUUGUAUGACACGUUCCCUGAGGUUGAUAUUCUCAGAAGCUCGGAAGCAGAACCGUUUGAUGAGCAUGAAGAGGAAGAGGAAUUACAGUCCCCGACUCUGAUGACCUCUUCUUUCUCAUUUGGCCUUGCAGGCUGGCAACAUGAAAGCCGCCAAAACCUUCAACGAAACUCCACCUCUCGUCAAUCCAGUGGCAUGAUCUCUAUCAGUCAACGACCAACUCUGUUUAACUGUCUAAAUACCGAUCAGGAUGAUAACAACACUAUUACUGCUCACGCAAUCAUUUCUGAAGAUGCACUUUUCCUAAAGAGAUUGAAUAUCUUAAUUAAUGACAAACAUGAUACCGAUACUGUAUUUUUGGUGUUCCGUCAGCAUUUGCAUGCCUUAAUGAGAAUAUUUGAAGGGAUUUCCAAUUACGUGGAAGCAUACCGGACCCACACACAAUAUGCCAAUAAUUUUGGUUCAACUAGCAACAACAACACAUCAGUAGCUAUUUUAGGGAGCGGAAUCAACCUGGCUUGGGAUGGGACUAACGCUCAUAAUAUUAACCAUGGAAGACAUCAAAAAAUAUCAUCCAUGACCUCUGUUUCUUCUAAUUCUAAUAUCAGUGGCUCGGUAUCUCCACGCCAUUCAAACCCUUCUAGUAUUGCAUCAAUGACAAGUUACACCUAUUCCAGCAAACAUAGUAGCAUCACCACGGCUGAUUCCUUACCACAUCAAAUAAAUGCUUCGUUUCCAGCGAAUGCUAAUGGGAAAAGAAGACCUAGUCUUGUAAUUUUUCCUGCUAAAGCAAAUGAGCAUAAUUCGCACACAGUUUCAAAUAACAAUCGCACAUUUUCUGGUGGUCCUCUAUUACAUCUGGAAUCACAAGUUGAAAACAAAACUGGGUAUUUUUGGAAUUCGAGAACCGAAAAAACCUCAGAAAUGAGGGCUUAUUACUUGGUUUUUAAAGCGUUUUCUGGGGCCAGGCAAAAUAAUCCAUUGAAAUAUUUCUUUGAAAAUGUUAAGGAGAUUAAUCAUUCUAAACAAAUGGAGGGAACUAGAAUGAAUGAGUAUAACUUUGUUGAUGGGUAUGAUAUUCUGUAUCAGCUUUCUCAACUUCAAGACCUUUCAAUUUCAGUGCAACAAACUUUCACGAUUUACUCUAAUAUUUUAAAUUUCUUGUCAUCUCCAGAUAGGUCAAAAUCAAGUAGUAUUGAAAUGCUUUUACUUCAUACUUAUCUUCUCCCUCCAAAGUUUGAUAACGAACUUUUCUUUACCAACCACAACACAAGCAUCGAAACCAUUGCAUUGGGGUUAUAUCACCAAGAACACGGGAUUAGGGAAUUGGCUAGAGAAAUAUUAAGGUUGAUCCAGAAUGACUUUAUUGGAAGAAUUGUGUUGAAAAAUAGCUUGAAUGAAUUUUUCAGGAUGGCAAUUAGUACACAGGAACCACAACACCCAAAUAGCACUUAUAGAAUGGGAAUGGGAAAUGAUGCUAAUUGUUUCGGUACCAAAGGUCCAGCGGUAGGAAUUGGCAUCAUAAAUAAUACCAAUUAA